AUGCCUCCAAAAGUUAAAAAAUCUCCUGCAACUGGACGGAAAAAGAACAGCAAAGCAAGCAGACGUCCGAGUCAGACGAACUUGAUAAGUGUCGAAAAUGGAGGAGUGCCACGUGGUCGUGGUCGGAAUACUGAGAGAAGUGUGAUGCAGACAUUGGAACAGGAGGAAACGACCAGUAAUGAUGCGGGGGGAAAUCAGAAACGGAGUGUAGCUCAGCCACCACAGCCAAUGCCAGUUCCUCCUCAACCAGCAAAAGCGAAAGAAAUGGCAACAAGAACAAUGAUGCUACCACCUCCAAUGCCUGUUCAACAGCCACCACCACCGGCUCCAAUCCCUGCUCAGAAUCCUCAACCACCGGCUCAAGGAUCUCAAAUGCCGAUGAUGGCUCCCCCAGUAACUGUAAUGCCAGCAGCUCCUCGUCCCAUUCAACCAAAUCAACCACCAGUUGUAAAUUAUCAGAUUCCACAGAUGCAACCACCUCAACCUGCCGCUCCGAUGCCUCCAACUCCACGUCCACCACCUGGUGUAGUCAAUCAAUCACUGGCUUCACCGUCUCCAACUCCAGUACCAAAAGCUACGAUACCACAGCAAAACGGAGUUGUUCAACAACAACCAACACCACCGGCUGUACCGGAACCAAUUAGAAGACCAUCUCGAGAAAGAGUUGAUCAAUCAGUGGAUUGUGGAGUGGAAACUUCAGACAAAAAGAAAAGAGCAGAAGUCAUCAACAGCUGGAUUCUUGCAGUUCUUCAAGGUGGAGUCGAAGGAUUGAAGAAGGAAUAUCACGCCAGUAUGAAUGAUGGUCCGAUGGAAAAAGCUGUCGAUUUCUUGGAUAAUCCAACAAAAAAUCGUUAUCAUAAUAUUCCAUGUUGUGACGCGACGAGAGUCAAAAUUGCUGAUGAUCCCCAUUUUUACAUCCACGCUAACCUGGUUUCUUCUGGUCCAAAUCCACGUCGCUUCAUUUGCACUCAAGCCCCACUCAACGGAACAAUUGAAGAUUUCUGGAAGAUGGUGAUCGUUUCUGGGUUGGAAUAUAUCGUGAUGUUGUGUGAAUUGGUGGAGAAGGGGAAACCAAAAAGUGCUGAAUAUUUUCCUGCGAAAAUUGGAGAAGUCAUGAAAAUUGGAAAGUUGUGGACAAUCACAAAAGAGAAUAGUGUUGAUAUCGAUAAAAAUCUAGCAAUGUCCACGAUGAGGAUUACGAAACAAGGAGAUACAGCCGUCGCUAGAACAGUCAAACAUAUACAUUGGCACAAUUGGCCGGAUCACGGAGUUCCAGACAACUUUCUAUCACCAUUCCGUUUGUUGUCAAUUUUCAAAAACUGCCAGAAACCAGUGGUUGUUCACUGUUCUGCCGGAGUUGGUCGAACCGGUACACUUGCUCUCAUUCUCAUUAUUCUCGAGGCUCUUUGUCUUCCUGAUUUUCUUGGUGUGCCACGUCUUCUCACUAAACUUCGAGAAGAACGUUUCAAGUCUGUUCAAACGGAGAUGCAGUAUCUCUAUGUGCAUCGGUGUAUUCUCGAGUAUUUGGUCUGGAAGAAAUACACCUACUCGAAAGAAGAUUAUGCUAAAUUUGUGAAAGAUUACGAGCAAGCAUUGGCUGGAUGUGUCGAGAAAUGA